AUGGACGACAAACUCGUGCCGAUCCCAGUCAGGGACAUGAUGUGUCGUCACAUUGGCGGGAAGGCACCGACGGCUGAGAUGAAGGCUAAACUCGCCAGGAUCAAGCUCAGCGAAGACAACUUUACGGGAGAAGGACUGUCCGCGUACAAGACACUUUGUGCAUUCAUACGAUCCAUCUUGGACCUCUGCACAGAAGGCGACGCGUCUUGGUGCAGGCUUGUGGCAAGGGACACCGGUAACUCAGGCAGGAGCAAUCGCGGUGACGGCGGAAUGAAGAAUUCAGAUAUCUCGGUCUGCAAAGACCACGAUGAGGCUCGCGCGACACACCAGCCCGCGACGAAGGCGAAUGAAGACGCGGAAAAUACAGAGAAAGCGCAGGCAUCGUCCGAGGUGGCGACAUCAUGGCGUUGUGCCUCCUUGGUCAUUGAGUGCAAGAGCUCGACUUCGAGGGAUCACCCGUUCUCACUUCCGCGAGCGAGCAAUGGCAGGUUGGGAAAGACACCAGCGAUCUGUGACAAAGAGCGCGAUGGCGCGGGAUCCAAUCGGCAAGCAGAGAAAGAUAACUUCCUUCCGCAGACUCACGGCGCCGUCAAAGCGAGAAGCCAGAUCAGCGAAUAUGCGUUGCAUUUGAUGCGGAGUCAGCCUCGGCAAUUUUGCUUCAUGGUGGUCGUCGCGGGCUGCUACGCGCGUAUACUGCGAUGGGAUAGAGCUGGGACCAUCGUGUCUGAAUCAUUCGAAUUCGUCAAGGAUUCGUUCACGAUGGUCACUUUCUUGUACAAGUACGGGACCAUGACGCAAGAAGAGCGUGGGUUUGACACCAGUGUUGUUGAAGCGCCGCGCCACGACAUCGACGAGAUGAUAGUGUGGAAAGUUGGCAUGGUGGAGGACGGCAAGCUGUCGCCCUAUCACACAGAGCGCUUCAAGGAUGCGAUGGAGACGAAAUGGCCUAUCUACAAGGUGACGAUCCCCCGCGAGAACCUCAUCUCGGCCGCGGAACUUGAGCCUAAGGUUGACGAGGCUUGUGUGCCUGAAGAUUCAUCACAAUCACAUUCUGACAUUCCCGCAGAGGAUCUGACGCUGCUAGUCGUUCGACGAUCGGAUAUGUGGUAUUCGAUAUACGUGGCAAGCGGCUGGUCUUCAUGA